UCUGUAUGACCUCUCUACGAUAUGCAAAGGCUAAUAACAUAUACUUACCUCACUAUGACUCAUCCCAGAUAGACUCAUACCUAAUUUAUAUCGACUGUAAUAAUUUAUAUGGUUACAGCAUGUGUCAGUAUAUGCCCCUAUCAGACUUUAGGUUUCUAGAAACCAAUGAAAUAAGUGCUUUAAAUAUCACUCAAAUCCCUGAUGACUCGGAUUAUGGUUUCAUUCUAGAAGUUGAUAUUAUUUACCCCAAUGAUUUACAUGAUAAACAUAAUGAUUUACCAUUUUGUCCCGAAAAAUGUGUUCCACCAGGUGGGACGCAUUAUAAACUGGUACCUAAUCUAUAUGACAAAUAUUUGUAUGUGAUUCAUUAUGUACAUUUGAAAACGUGUCUUAAACAUGGUUUAAAAUUAAAAAAAGUACAUAGAGUAAUUACGUUCAAACAGUCCCCUUACUUAAAACAAUAUAUUGAUAUGAAUACAAGGCUACGUCAAGAGGCAACGUCUGUCUUUGAACAAGAUUUUUGUAAAUUGAUGAAUAACAGUAUAUUUGGUAAAACUUUAGAAAAUACUGAGAAAAGGGUUGAUGUGCGCUUAGUUAAUCAGUGGACAGACAAUGAUAACACAACAAAAAAGAAAAUCACCGCUGACAGAUUAAUUGCAAGGCCAAAUUUUCACAGUGUAUCAGUUUUUACUGAAAAUUUGGUGGCAGUUCAAUUGAAACCAGAUCUAAUAAUUUUAGAUAAACCGAUCUACAUUGGUUUCGCUGUACUAGAGUUAUCUAAAAGUCAUAUGUAUGAUUUUCAUUAUUCAGUAUUUAAACGUUUUUAUGAUACUCGUCUACAAAUGUGUUACACGGAUACAGAUAGUUUUGUUUAUUAUAUACAAACAAAAGACUUUUUUAAAGAUUUAAGAAUGCAUUUUUUAACAUAUUUCGAUACUAGUUGUUACGAUAUUGAUAAUAAAUUUUUAUUACCUGUUCAAAAUAAAAAAGUGCCAGGACUUUUUAAGGAUGAAAUGAAAGGAAAAAUGAUUAAAGAGUAUGUUGGACUUCGUUCUAAAGUGUAUUCUAUCAAAACAGUUGAUAAAAUUAUUAAAAAAGCUAAGGGUGUGAGAGAACCUGUAGUAUGCAAAUUUGAGUUUUCUCAUUACGUGAAAUCAUUAUUUCAAGGAGAUGAAAUAAAAGAAGAAACAUAUUAUUUAAGUCGAUUAAGCACAAUAUAUUUACCCAAAGUGUAAAUAAAGUCGCCCUUUCAGCUAAUGAUGAUAAGCGUAUGAUAUCUGACAACCAAAUAGUGACGAAAGCUUGGGGGCAUACCUCAAUACUUAAUGUUUAAUUUGUAAUCAAUUGUCAUGUUUUGUAUAAAAUAAAUUGUACUAUAUGCAGUCAGAGGUCAUUAGUAAAUUGAAUAGCACAUAUAAUUGAAACAACAUUUUGAUAUUAAUUUUAUAAAUCUAUUAAAAACUAUAAAUAUAAGUUGAAGAUAAUAACUAAUUCAAUUAUAUGUCCUAAAAAUAAAUCUUUCUUCUACUUAUUAUACUUAUUGUGUUUUUAUUUUAACAAUAUUAUUCAGUGAUGUCUUAUGAUAAAUAAAUAUAUUAUCUUAUUAUUUUCUUGUUUUCAUUUUAAUUUACCUUAAACAUUUCUAUAGAUAGUUUAUUCAUAAACGUGUUCAUAAAACAAGUUGUGACUUGUUUAGGUAAAGACAUACACACGUGUAAAGUUAAAGCUAUCAUAUAACAGGAUUGCGCAUUUAUAUUUUGCUGAACAAACAAUAGCUAACCUUUAUAAGCGCAAAGUAAUUUUUAAUUGGUUACAUUCGAAUAGCAUCAACGCGUCUUUAUUAUCCACUCGCAGACAUAGACCUGGUUUUCAAAAAAUGGCAGACAGCGAAGACAUCCCAAUUCCAUUUUCGCAAUAUGCACAAGAGUUUGAGCUACCACAAGAAUUUGACGAUAGCGACUUAUAUAAAAAAAUUAAAAAGAACAUCGAAAACCCUAAAGCCAAGAAACGUAAUAAAGUUAACAUUCAUAAUAAAGUAGUGAAAAGGACUCAAGGACACCCACCAUCUUUUGUGAUAAAUAAUCAUGAGAUCAAAGGCAAUAAACUGAUCAAAAUUCAAAUAAUCAACAUAACAGAGGAUGUAAGGGAUCAAAACGAUGAACAGAACGAAAAUGUAUUACUGAGCGCGCAGUAUGUUGCAGGCGAUAAUUUUGAUGAAAUUAUUGACAGCACAGAGGCUUUAAUAAAUAAAAUUUCAAAAAAAAUUUGUGGAUACAGUACUAGUUAUUAAAGUUGUAUUUUAAAUAUUAUAUAAGUAAUAAAUAUUAUAU